UCCGUCACCCAGCAGACCAAUCCGAGAGCUGCAGUGCUCCACCUUCAACACACAGCCCUUCAUGGGCCGAUUCUACCAGUGGGAACCCUUUAAUGAUGUUUCCAGCGAGCAGAGCUGUGAGCUCAACUGCCGUGCCAUUGGCUUCCGUUUCUACGUGCGUCAGGCGGACAGAGUCAUCGAUGGCACUCCGUGUGGACAGAACCAGACAUCUGUGUGUGUGGCAGGACAGUGUCAGAGCGCCGGCUGUGAUGAUCUCUUGGGCUCUGGCAGGGUUCCUGAUAAGUGCGGUGUGUGCGGCGGAGACAACAGUGCGUGUAAGCUCGUCUCUGGCCUGUUCCAGCACAGUCUGACUAAAGUGGGCUAUCACAAGAUCGUGGAGAUCCCGCCGGGAGCCACCAAGAUCAAUGUCACCGAGAUGGUGAAGAGCAGGAACUACCUGGCUCUGCUCAGCCGGUCUGGCCGAUCCAUUAUUAAUGGAAACUGGGCCAUCGACCGUCCAGGAAUGUAUGAGGGAGUGGGAACGAUGUUCACGUACCGGCGGCCGAAUGAGAUCAGCAGCACCGCAGGAGAGUCCUUCCUGGCCGAGGGGCCGACCAACGAGAUCCUGGAUGUGUUUAUGAUCUACCAGCAGCCCAAUCCAGGCGUCCGUUAUGAGUUCAUCAUGCCGUCAGAGAACGCUGUAGACGCUCCGCAUCCUAAACAGAACCAGCUGGACGUGAAUGCUGUGAACGGCCCGUCGACCCCAGAGGAUCACGAGAGGUCAGGGGUCAGACAUCCUCCUCCCGUCCCGGAUAAUCAGCUUCCUGCAGCUCCGCCUACAACCAGAGCCAGAGAAUAUAACUGGAAACUCAGCGGCACCACAGACUGCAGCGCCUCCUGUGGACGAGGAAGCAGGUUCUCGGUGUUCGUCUGUGUUCAUCGAGGAACUCACGCUCUCGCGCCGAGCGAUCUGUGCGACAGCAGCACCAAACCCAGCCCUCAGGAGGAGCCGUGUAACGUCCAGCCCUGCCCUGCCUUCUGGGACAUCGGCGAGUGGUCCGAGUGCAGUAAGACGUGUGGUUUGGGCGUGCAGCAUCGUCAGGUUCUGUGUCGUCAGGCGUACACUAACCACACACUGAACGUUCACAGCAGCCGCUGCCGGCACCUGGAGCGCCCCGAGACCAGCAGCUCCUGCCAGAUGAAGAUCUGCAGCGAGUGGCAGAUCCGCUCCGACUGGAGCCCCUGUUCGGUGCCUUGUGGAGUAGGUCAAAGGUCACGUGAGGUGCACUGUGUCAGUAAUGUUGGUGAUAUCGUGGCAGAUGACGAGUGCAACAUGAAGCUGCGUCCGAGCGACGUGGAGAACUGUGACGCAGGUGUGUGCACUAAGAGCUGGUUCUUCAGCGACUGGAGCGCUCAGUGUUCGGCCGACUGCGGCGCGGGGGUGCGGACGCGCAGCGUUCAGUGUCUCACCAAUCACAUCAGCAGUCUGCCUCUGGAGCGCUGCGGGGCCCAACGGCCCCCCGAGGCCCAGCCCUGCAACAACGGCCCCUGUGAGAGCCGCACGGAGUGGUUCACCGGACCCUGGAGUCAGUGCUCGGCGGAGUGCGGCUCUGGCGGUCAGCAGAGGGCAGUGGUGUGUCUGAUGAGGUCUGACGAGGGUUUCGUCGUGAUGCCGGCGUACGAGUGCUCGUCUCUGGACAAACCUCUGAGCCAGCAGAGCUGCUUCAUCAAGACCUGCGGAGCCAAGUGGUUCCACACCGACUGGAGCGCGUGCUCAAAGACGUGUGAGACAGGGUACCGUGUGCGAGAGGUGCGCUGUCUGACCGAUGACAUGAUGACCAGCGAGCGCUGCGACGAAACACUGAAGCCUCCGGACAAGGAGGAGUGUCACCCUGAGCCCUGCCUGCCUCUGAUUGAUGAGAAGUGCCGUGAUAAAUACUUCAACUGUAACGUGGUGGUGCAGGCGCGUCUCUGCGUGUACGACUACUAUCAGAUGGCGUGUUGCGCGUCCUGCACGCGUGUGGCGCAGAGGAGCUCCGAACACUGGGCACAGCGAUCGUGACCAGAGACGCUCUGACUCGAACACGGCUGUCUUUGGAGGAGAGAUGGUGUCAGAUCAGGUGCAGCGUGUGAUGAUGAGAUCAGUAUGUACUCAGUGCGUCACACAUGAACACUAGAGCGCAGGACGAGGAGAGAAUCACUGCGUUAGCAACCACUUCACUUCUGUUCACACUGCGGAUUUAAAGUGACUUGAGCGUUAUUCAGAGUGAAUGUGAUCAGAACAGAAAGGAUCUCUGAGAGGAGCGGCGCUGUGUGGAACUGCGGUGUGAACGUGUUCAGCUCACUGCAGAACUGACUCCGGUUCCUCAGAUCUGAAACGUAGAUCCGGUUAGAUACACUUUCUGAUUGGAUAAACGCUCAUCGAUAUGCUUCAAGAGCAAAAACACAAAGACAAUGAUUCAUACUGACAGAAUUAACAUAUGGAGUUAAAAUAGUCUCAAAAUUAACGUGUUUACAAAAUAUGAUUCACAAAUGCAAUAGCUAUGUCAUAUUCACAAAACAAAGCUUUUGUGUAUUAUGCAUUAUGUAUGUACGUUGCAAUGCAUCUUUUCAUAAAUAAUUGGUUUGUUAGCCAUGUUUUUUAUGCAUUAUAUUUUCUAAAGGUGUAACAAUGAGUGUUAUAAAGCAUUAUAACAGUGGUUACAAUUACUCAUGAGGUCAUUACAAGUCAUAUUUAAUGCAUUAAAACUAUUUUUUAUGCAAAAUAUAUAAAGGUUUUCAGUAAAGUGUAACUAAAAAAAAAAAAUCACAAACUCAUGAUGUUAUUCAUAUUCACAGAAUUGUUUUUUGCAAAUGCAUGACCAAAUUUAUGUUCACAAAAUAAGAUUCACAAAUGCACAUUUCUGAACGAGUGAUUUUUAGACGUGAGUUUUCAGUCAUAAUGCGCUUUGUUCGAUGUUCUGAAUCAAAGAUUAAAACGUGGCUUGAUUAAUUUUGAGACUGUUUUAGCUCCAUAACAGCCACAGCGAUGAAGUGCGUUUGAACUGACGUGAACAUGUAAGUCUUAUAUUUUUAUUGUACUCACUGUAUUUAUAUUUUGAACACAUUCAGUUCGUAGUUUUGAAACAGAUUUGUCAGCAUUGUCAUUCUCAUUCAGAAGCGUUUAUCUGUAUCUUUUUAAUCUUUAUAAAGCUGAUUAAAGUCUAAAGAUGAACUCUAUUCCUCCUGAUCUGAAUCAAGCUUGAAAUGAAUCAUAUAAUAACAUCAUAACAGCUCAUAAGAUAAUGUGGAGUAAAAAAAGUGUGUGUAAAAAAAAAAAAUUGCAAUUAUGAUUUAAUAUGUGAUUUUUAAAUGUGAUAUUUUAAUGUUUCAGAUUUGCUGCUUGUUUGGACAAUUUGGCCUAAAAUUUCAAGAUUACAUAUUAAUUGUAUUGUAAAUAAUGUAUAAGAAUAAUAAACACAGCAUUUCUUUA